AUGGCCGCGUCCACCCUGUCCAUCUGCUCCAGCGACCUGAGCUAUGGCAGCCGCGUCUGCCUGCCUGGCUCCUGUGACUCCUGCCCCGACUCCCCCUGGCAGGUGGACGACUGCCCAGAGAGCUGCUGCGAGCCCCCCUGCUGCGCCCCCAGCUCCUGCACCCCGGCCUCCUGCCUGACCCUCAUCUGCACCCCUGCGAGCUGUGUGUCCAGCCCCUGCCAAUCAGCCUGCACCAGCUCCUGCCAGCCCUCCUGCGGCAGCUCCUCCCCCUGCCAGGAAGACAGCUGUGUGUCUGUCUGCUGCAAGCCCGUGUGCUGUACCCCUGUCUGCUGCACCCCUGUCUGUUGCAAGCCCGUCUGCUGCACCCCUGUCUGCUGCAAGCCCCUCUGUUGCACCCCUGUCUGCUGCAAGCCCGCGUGUUGCACCCCUGUCUGCUGCACCCCUGUCUGCUGCAAGACCUCCCCCUGCUCAUCCUCCUCAUGCUGCCAGCCCCCCUCCUGCGUCCCCAGCUCCUGCCUGACCCUCCUCUGCACCCCUGCGAGCUGUGUGUCCAGCCCCUGCCAAUCAGCCUGCACCAGCUCCUGCCAGCCCUCCUGCGGCAGCUCCUCCCCCUGCCAGGAAGACAGCUGUGUGUCUGUCUGCUGCAAGCCCGUGUGCUGUACCCCUGUCUGCUGCACCCCUGUCUGUUGCAAGCCCGUCUGCUGCACCCCUGUCUGCUGCAAGCCCCUCUGUUGCACCCCUGUCUGCUGCAAGCCCGCGUGUUGCACCCCUGUCUGCUGCACCCCUGUCUGCUGCAAGACCUCCCCCUGCUCAUCCUCCUCAUGCUGCCAGACCAGCUCCUGCCAGCCCUCCUGCAGCAGCUCCUCCCCCUGCCAGGAAGACUGCUGUGUGUCUGUCUGCUGCAAGCCCGCCUGCUGCACCCCUGUCUGCUGCAAGCCCCUCUGCUGCACCCCUGUCUGCCCGGGGGCCUCUCCCUGCUCUGCCCCCUCCUGCUGCCAGCCCAGCCCCUGCUCCUCGUCCUGCUGCAGGCCCUCUUCCUGCGUGUCCCUGCUCUGCCGCCCCGUGUGCAGACCCGCCUGCUGCGUGCCCGCCUCCCCCUGCUGUGCCCCCGCCUCCUCCUGCCAGCCCAGCUGCUGCCGCCGGGCCUCCUGCGUGUCCCUGCUCUGCCGCCCCGUGUGCUCCCGCCAGGCCUGCUGUGGCCCCGCCUCGGCCCAGAAGUCCUGCUGCUAAGUGAUCUUCUUAAGGUCACCCCAAAUCUCAAGAGCGCAUCUGCACAGCCUGGAUUCUUUACUAAGCAGCAAGACAAGUGUCUGUCCCCCUUCCCUGGCCCCUGUGGUGGACACUGGUCACCCGUUCCCCACCGUGCAUUUUUCCCACUGAUUUUCCUCCAGUACUAACUUUUCCCAAGUUGACAUGCCCUGCCUCCUACACCUGGGUUGGCAGUGACCCACAAGGCCAGCUGGGCUCCCCCAAGCCUCUGGACCUUACUUGCAGUGAAGGGAGAGAUCAGGUACAUCUCCUGAGCUGUGUCUCAGCAUCGCCGCUGGCCCGGUGUGGGCCUGGCUCCUGCACUGCUUCCUGAGCUGGUUUCGUCAUCGCCCCUCAUUCUGCGAGCUGUCAAACCCUCCAAUAAAUUCCUACU